AGUAAACGCAGAAUAACAGGUAAUCUUGCUCACAUGAGCAAACAGAGCUUGUCUGACAGCUGGUCACAAGUUUCUCCACGCCCUGGGCGGUGCCAGUUUAAGUUCAAUGACAAUUGACAGAUGACUAUGUAGUGUGAUAAACUCUGGACACACACAUGUCCUCAGCGAUGCAUAGCAAUCAGAAAGAGCAUUUGUACAAAAUUCUUGUCAUUGGUGAUUUGGGAGUAGGGAAGACCAGCAUCAUCAAACGGUAUGUGCAUCAGACGUACUCCGCAAACUACAGAGCGACUAUCGGGGUGGAUUUUGCGCUCAAAGUUCUCAACUGGGACUCAGAGACGGUCCGGCUGCAGCUGUGGGACAUCGCAGGUCAGGAGAGGUUCGGGAACAUGACGCGGGUUUAUUACCGGGAGGCCAUGGGGGCAUUCAUUGUUUUUGAUGUUACCAGACCCACCACGUUUGAGGCAGUCUCCAAAUGGAAGGAGGAUCUGGACUCAAAAUUAAUACUUUCAAAUGGCCAGAGUGUCGCCACAGUGCUCCUGGCCAAUAAGUGCGACCAAAAUAGAGACUUUCUGACUAACAACGGCCUGAAGAUGGACCAGUACUGCAAGGAGAAUGGAUUUGUGGGCUGGUUUGAGACGUCUGCUAAGGAAAACCUCAACAUUAACGAUGCUGCCAACUUCCUUGUUAAACACAUCAUUGCCAGUGAGAACGAUAUCCUGAAAUCAGUAGUUCCAGAUACCAUCUCUCCUCAGCUCAACUCUGGUAAAGAAAUGACCUGUUCUGCAUGUUUCAAACCUUGAGAGGAGGUUGCAGCAAUGUAUGGCAGCAGCAUUGGUGGUCCUUGGACUGAAGAGGAUGUAGAUCUUCACAUCAGAAUCCCUCUGAUUCCAGCACUAUUGUCGACCAUCAAAAAGUCGCAACCAGCAGAAAGAUCUGUCCGUUAGCUACACCUGUCUACAGAAUUAAAUUACAGACACUUUGAGCUUGCACACAGAGUAAAUGUAUUCAUGUUUGAAGCUGCACCUUAUGUUUUUGUGAGUGAAUUAAGUGAGUCUUUUUGUGUUGUUGUAUAUCAAAAACCUGGGGAGUUCUGGUCUAGCAUGCCUGACUGCACAAGGUGAGAGAUGAGAACUUCUCUCUGUCAGACACAGACAUAUAGCUGAUUAUGCUUUUAGAAGUCUUUUAAUCAGU